AUGAGUGGUCAGCGUGGCGGUGGAGGCGGGAGAGGUGGUGGCGGUGGAGCUGGGUUUGGUGGUUUUAGGGGAGGAGGAGGAGGGAGGGGGGGGGUAGGGGCGGGUAUGGUCGCGGUGGCGGUGGGGGUGGAGGUCGUGGAGGGGGGGGGAGAGGUGGGUAUUCUGGUGAUUCGAUAUUUUCGAGGUUUGCCCAUCUGCUGUCCCUACGUUUAUCGGGUUGGCUCUUUUAACGCUUUACGCAAUGCCAGUGGUGCGCCAGCGGUUAUCGAUCCGAAAAUUACGGCCAUGGAAAACCAACUCGUCGCCGUUAAAACGAGAGUCAAUGAACCGCUUAUGCCUCCCCGUCCCAAUUUCGGGACGAAAGGAAUUCCGACCUUGGUCCGAGCGAAUUACUUCCCGGUGGCUCUGCCUACAAAGACGAUUUUUAAAUAUGACGUCGCCAUGGCUCCCGACCCCAAGAUCAGAAGGGUCAGGAAACGUGUCUUUGAGCUGUUGGAAUUGACUUCAUUCAAAACGACCAAGAAUCUCAUGGCAACUGACUAUGCGAAAACGAUCAUUACUGCAAGGAAACUGGAGAUUCCUGAUGACAAAUUUCAGGUGGAGGUCAAGUACUAUGAUGCAGACCAAGCGGGGCCCCACGAAAAGUCUAAGGUCUACGCUGUUACGAUUACACUGGUUCAGCUGCUCGAGCCAGAUAGUCUUAAGGACUAUGUUAAUGGAUUGGAUCCGGAUUUUGACUCAUCACCCGCGAUUCAGGCGCUAAAUAUUAUUUUAGCCAAGCCUCCUUCACAGAACCCGGGUGUUAUUCCCUUGGGAAAGUCAAAGUUCUUUGUUUCGGAGCCGGACCCCCGGAAUCAGCAGACUCUGCCUCGUGGAUUGUUAGCUCUUCGUGGGUACUAUUCCUCGAUCCGUCCCUCGAUGGGCCGGGUCCUUUGCAACGUUAAUGUUUGCAUGACAGCUUUCUACAAGUAUGUUUGGUUUUCUACCGAGAGUUUUAUUGAAAGUUUGUCAGAGAUCUUGAGCUAAUAUAAACCCUUUUACAAAUAGAGAAGGAAACCUUGCAGACCUAAUGAGAGAAGUUGGAAAGCGCUCCGAUCUUAAUGGUUUUCUGAAGGGUUUGCGCGUGAGCACAAACCAUAUUACGGAUCCCAAUGGGAAACGAAAGCUUCAAUACAAAACGAUUGCCAGCCUUGGUGGGCGGUCUGCUAGGGAAGCUACAUUUACUUCCGACGAUGGUUCAACUAUAACUGUUGUCGACUAUUUCAAAAAAAGUAAGUGCUUGCUAUUCAUUAAAUACUAUUCUAUUUUUGGAGUGGCUGCUAAAUACUAUCAGAAUACAACAUUACUCUUAGGAACCCUGAGAUCCCGUGUGUUAACGUCGGUACAAGAGAAAGGUCAAUUUUAUUGCCUCCUGAGUUAGCCACGGUGCUGCCCGGACAGUCUUUUAAGGGGAAGCUUUUGGAUGAACAGACACGCGAAAUGAUUACCUAUGCUUGUCGUCGCCCCAAGCAAAACGCGGAAUCCAUUGUGGGAGAGGGUUUAUCCAUUCUUGGGCUCAAACCCUCAAGCCAACUACUAGUAUGUGCCAUCAACAGUCCUGAUAUUUUAUGCUGACACUGUUUAGAAUCCUUUCAAUUUGUCUGUCUCAACCGAAAUGGUUACAGUCCCGGCGAGAAUUCUGCCUGCACCACCUGUACAAUACGCAGGCGGUCCAAAGCACACCAGUGAUGCGUCCUGGAACCUUAGGGAUGUGAGAUUUCUUAAGGGCGGUGCAGCCAAAACUUGGGCAGCAAUUAUCUUGAAGGACGGAUCGGGUCCCCCCGUGCAGAACCCCAUGCAGCUAUGUAAUUCCCUUCAAGAAAUGUGCCGAAAGUGUGGUGUUGUUCUUCCGCCCUUGACUGCUCAGAGUAUCAUUUCCGUUCAAAUGUCAAUGGGUCAGGACUUGUCUACAAAACUGGUACCUUGCUUCGAGACAUUGAAGAAGCGAAAUGUUCAAAUUGCUCUCGUCAUCCUACCGAGUCAAGAUAAGGCAAACUAUGCUCUUAUCAAAACAUUGGGUGAUGUGAGAUUUGGUAUUGGUACUGUCUGUGCCCAAUCUAGCAAGAUUCAGAAUCCCAAGGGCCAGCCGCAAUAUUUCGCCAAUCUGGCAUUGAAGUUCAAUUUGAAGCUUCAUGGUAGGAACCAUGGGCUUGGAAAGACUGACAUGGGCUUUUUGACCCAGAAGACAACAAUGAUUGUGGGCUCCCAAUUUUUUAUUAUAUUAUGUGCAGGAAGGAACUAAUGAUUUUAGGUUGGAUGCGACGUUACUCAUCCUUCACCGGGAAGUUUGAGGGGAACUCCUUCUAUUGCUGGGGUUGUUGCCAGUAUCGACUCAGAUUUUGCUCAGUAUCCGGCUUCCUUGAGGCUUCAGGAGUCUAAAAAAGAGGUUUGUUUCUUAACUAACACGAUAGCAUAAUUGGCUGGUUGCUAACUUGAUUCUGUUCCAAAAUAAUAGAUGAUUACUGACUUACGGGAGAUGAUGCUUGAACGUUUGUCACUCUGGAGGGAGAAGAACGGUGGCAGGCUGCCUGAAGCGAUUCUCGUAUAUCGUGAUGGCGUCAGUGAAGGCCAAUUUAAGACUGUGCUUGAAGCGGAGCUUCCGAGGAUUCGCGAGGCCUGUGUUAAAAUGAGGGCGGAUUAUAGGCCAAAAGUUACAAUUAUCAUCGUUGGAAAGCGUCACCACACACGCUUCUACCCGACGGACCGUGACAGAGCCGAUAGACUUGGAAACCCCGCGCCUGGAACAGUAGUUGAUCGAGGUGUUACGGCCGUUUAUGAUUACGACUUUUACCUGCAAGCGCAUGCAGGACUUCAAGGCACCACCAGGCCAGCCCACUACUAUGUCAUUCACGACAAGAAUGGGUUUGAUGCAGACUCCCUACAAACUUUGGUAUCUCUUCUUCAUCCACUCAUACAAGAUUUUUAAGUCCUGACUAACCUGAUUGAUCUGAAUUUAGACUCAUAAUCUGUGCUAUCUCUUUGGUCGUGCUACUAAGUCUGUGAGCAUUUGCCCACCAGCUUACUAUGCGGACUUGGUCUGCGAACGUGGUCGUUGUUAUAUAUAUGGCCUCCUCAAUGCCAGCGACUCUGGCAGUGUCAGAAGCACCAAUAGCGAUGAUGAGGCGAGAAUAAACUACUCGAAAGCGGUGCAACUGUGGUCUGGAGGUCCGCAUGCCGACAUUAGACAGACAAUGUACUACCUUUGAGUUGUUGGUAGAUAUAUAGGGUGUUUUCAUGUUCUUUUUGUUGUUCUUCCAUUUGGUACUCAUGAUUCCCCGUAUUUUU